CACAGUGAGGCGGUCCCGAUCAAGGUUCUAAAAAAAAGAAGUUGGUGUUCACUCAGUUUUGUUGUAUUAUUUCUGACUCUGUCUGGGGUAUUAACUUCUGGCCAAAACUAUGGCGUCUUCGGAUGUUGCUCGACAGCCGGAUAAAGGAGUCCGGCCCCUGUCCCUGGCUGGCCAUGUGGGCUUUGACAGCCUCCCGGAUCAACUUGUCAACAAGUCCAUCUGCCAGGGCUUCUGCUUCAAUAUUCUCUGCAUCGGUGAAACCGGUAUUGGAAAGUCUACCCUGAUGGAUACUCUGUUCAAUACCAACUUUGAGAACUUUGAGUCAUCCCACUUUGAGCCUCAGGUGAAGCUGCGGGCUCAAACCUAUGAUCUACAGGAGAGCAACGUCAGACUACGUCUUACUGUGGUCAACACUGUGGGCUUUGGAGACCAGAUGAACAAACAAGAGAGCUAUCAGCCAGUGGUGGACUACAUCGACAGGCAGUUUGAGAGUUAUCUGCAGGAGGAGCUAAAAAUCAAGCGCUCCCUUCACAACUACCAUGACUCACGAGUCCACGCCUGCCUUUACUUCAUCUCCCCCUCAGGACAUUCCCUCAAAUCCCUGGACCUGGUCACUAUGAAGAAACUAGACAGCAAGGUCAACAUCAUCCCAGUCAUUGCCAAAGCUGACACCAUCAGCAAGAGCGAGCUGCACAAGUUCAAGAUCAAAAUCAUGAGUGAGCUGGUCAGCAACGGCGUCCAGAUCUACCAGUUCCCCCUGGAUGAUGAGACCGUAGCUAAGGUCAACACUACAAUGAAUGGUCAUUUGCCAUUUGCUGUAGUUGGCAGCACAGAGGAAGUCUGCGUCGGCAAUAAGAUGGUGAAGGCUCGUCAAUAUCCCUGGGGUGUUGUACAAGUGGAGAACGAGAAUCACUGUGACUUUGUGAAGCUGAGAGAGAUGCUGAUCUGUGUGAACAUGGAGGACCUGAGAGAGCAGACUCACACUCGCCACUAUGAGCUGUACAGACGCUGCAAACUGGAGGAAAUGGGAUUCAAAGACACAGGCCCGGAGUGCAAACCCGUCAGCUUGCAGCAGACUUAUGAGGCCAAGCGUCAGGAGUUCCUGGUGGAGCUGCAGAAGAGAGAGGACGAGAUGAGGCAGAUGUUUGUGCAGAGGGUGAAGGAGAAGGAGUCUGAGCUGAAGGAGGCUGAGAGAGAGCUGCAAAGUCGUUUUGAGCAGCUGAAGCGCCUCCAUGCAGACGAGAAGGCAGCUCUGGAGGAAAAGAAGAGACUCCUGGACGAGGACCAGAGUUCCUUCAGCAAGAGACGAGCUGCCGCCCAGCUCCUGCAGGCCCAGAGCCUCACCGCCAACGGCAAGAAGGACAAGGACCGCAAGAAUUCUGGGUUCAUGUGAAGAGGGAUCUGAAGUAAACUCCAGUAUGACCAGUAUAACCAGUGACAUUCUGCCCACAUCCUUCCCAGCCCUCUGUGGGCCAGUCUCAAACACUAACCAGGAACCCCCCCACACAGACGAGCAGUGUGUGUGAGUGUGAGUUUUGUGCCAAAGUAUCAUGACUGUACCCACAAAUCCUGUGUACACCUUCCUCAAUGCUAUUUUUAAUCUUCUUUGUGGGUUUUAUACCUCUGUGUAGUGUUUUAUAUUUAUCCUUUCAUUUUUAUAUAAAACCUUUAUUUUACAUUUACAGUACCUCCCUCUUUUUUUAACUGCCCAGACUGAGUGACACCUCAGUGUGUCAUUCCUCACACAGCCGCUUCAUUAGAUGCUGUACAUCGAUCAAAGGUACAAACAACACAUUGAAAGGGACUUCAGUUGCAUUUAACCUGUCUGCCAUAUCUUUAAUGAUUGAUGACAGCACUCUUAAUGAGUUGUAAUGCUGUCUAAUGACAUGCAUGACUUCAUGAGGAGAUUUACAUACGUUUUGGCCUCAAUGUCUGAACAAACGCCCGAGUCUGCUUCUCCUAAAAGUCGUGACGGCAAUCUGACAAUGUCAGACGUAGUGAAAUUUCUGAGAAGUUGGAACUGAGAGCAAAAUCAAUGUAAAAGUACAGUAGCAUAAGGUUAUUGUUUGUUUUUUGAGAAUUUCGAAUGCACAAAUAUAAUAAGAUCUGUGUAAUAAACCAGAAAGCACAGAAAAUGAGACAAUUUAGUACUCGCUGUGUUUUGGGGCAAAAGUGGAACAAAAACCUUCGGACAACCACAGUCAUCAUCAGAACAUCAACCUACCGACAUUUUCAGCUUUCAUUCAUGCCAACUGCUUACAGCACACAUAUCGAGCAAGAUGCUUCAGAUACAGCAUGUCCCAACCUCACAGCUUGUUAUUUUUAACCACAUGUUGGCAUUGUCAGUGAGAAGCAGAGGCGAGCGGGUCAUUAAUAGAGAGACGUCUGUGAAGAUUCUCAGUCAUCCAGGUCAUGCUUAUCCAAGGAGAGUUGAAUCAGGGGCAGAUGGACUUGGUUGUAGAUACUUGAGUGUCAGUUCUGACUGGGAUAAGUCCCUGGGGCUCUCCACCUGCUUCAGUUAGAACUGAAGAAGCCCUUUGGAUGAGAGGCAAAAUUUUUUCAUGCAUCUAUGGCCAAGCUCAGUUGUUGGAGAUUGAAAUCUCCUUGGAUAAUAGAGAGAUAAACAAUCAACAGUCCAUCACUUAAUUAUUUAUUCAACUAACAGCUGUUCUCCAGCAGUGCUGCUGUGAGACAGAAUAUAGUGUGAGCAUUGCAGCUCCAUGUGAAAUAGUCCUGUGAUGUUUAAAUAGCGCCUUUAAAGACUCCACAGAGACCUGUGUGCAGUGUGUCAGCUAAAUCCAGCAAUGUGACAGGGCUCAUUUCUGAAGGUUGGUCUAGUGCAUUCAGCAUUGUCAUAAGCACGGCCACAGGGCAUUAUAAUCAUUAUCCAUUUUCUGUAUUAUGUCUGUAUUUGUCAUUUUCUCACACCUCCUUGAUGCCAUAAACUUUUCCUGUAAGCACACCAGCAUUAUGAAAACCUGCAGGAGCCACACUGUCUCUCCUGCUGUUGUUUUGAAGGGAACAAGUUAUUUAUGAACUUCUAACUUCUCCUGUCCAAUCACAGUUUGACAGUUUUCUUGGAGGGUGAGGUUUGAUUUUGGAUUAGGUACAUUUUACUGCAUAUAUUUAUACAUAUCUUGUGUUUUACUUGCUCCCUUUUUUAUUUUCGUACUGACACAAACAGUCGAAGUCUGUCUGAAAAGAGCUGACUGGUGGAGAAAAUGCAUCAUGUCAAAUCAGUGCUUGUCGAGGGAAUCCAGGAAGAGAGUUGGGAUGUGUUUGUGACUGUAUUUUUAUCAUUUCUUUCUUCGCUUCUCUCUGGAGUCAGGAUGUUUCACACCUCGGAGCAUUUUAACAGCACAGAGUAAACCAGAACACUGGUGCUGGUUUCCAGUAAAGUGUGAUUUAUAAACCAGCGUUUACUCACAAACACUGCCACUUAGUAUUUACACUAGUGAUGAUGUGUUAGUGCCUUAUCUGUGUGAAGCCUGCUUAGAAACACACGACCCACUUGUACAUCCAGGGAAACACACCGAUGCCUAAUGAAAUAACACUUUUAAGACACGUUUGUACUACACUUGUAUUUAAGGAAUAAACAGUGUUAUUUGGGAGCUUUUUUUUCUUCUUUCUAAAUAAAUCUUUGUAUUUUUGUCAUGAUA